GAAAAGUGAUCAACAAUUGGAGCAACGUAAAACCCUGUACUCCAACACCAAUGCUUACGAAGUUGUGGGAUUCUUGGGCAGCGGAACUUUUGGGCAUGUGGUAAAAUGUGUAAAGAAAGGAACUGGUGAAAAUGUAGCCGUCAAAAUCCUUAAAAACCACCCCUGUACCAAAGCACAAGUCAGAGCCGAGAUAAACAUCCUGACUCAUCUGAAUAAAGAAAGCCCAGAAGAAUUCAAUUUUGUAAAAGCAUUUGAGUUUUUCUGUUGCAAGGAUUUUUACUGCCUUGUGUUUGAAAUGAUGGAAAUGAGCCUCUUUGAUUUCAUGGUCCAACGGAAGUAUGAUCCAUUACCUGUGAAAUACAUCCGCCCCAUCGUGCAGCAGGUGGGAACAGCGCUUGCAAAGCUGCAGAGUCUGAGAAUUAUCCAUACAGACUUAAAGCCUGCGAACAUUAUGAUGGUGGACACUUCCAGACACCCAUUCAAAGUCAAAGUCAUCGACUUUGGGAGUGUAAUCCACAUGAAUGGUGCUCAACGGUCAAGUUAUUUACAAACAAGAUUUUAUAGGUGAGAGAAAUGUAUUAGCUAUAGUUUACUUUUAUGAUGAGCUUGUCAGUACUUUAAAUUCUUUACACUGACAAAAUGAAUAUAAAGUAAAAUGUUUGUUGAAUUUGGUCAAUGGAUAUGUCACUCAUGAACUCUUUGUAGAACAUAUAACAAAAGGAUUUUGACAUACAUUAUCAUGUAUGCACAGACUGUUGUAAUAGGCUUCUUAAAGUAAUUUAAACCCAAGAGAUAUAUCAGAAUUUCAACUAAAUUCCAGAUCAGGAUCAUACCAGUAUAUGAUGUUCCAAAGUGACAUCAAGAUGGAGGUGGGCGGGUGGGUGGGCCCCAGAGGUUGUCACCAGUGAUGCAAAUUCCUCCAUUGACAAUGCCUGUAGUGGGUAAGCCUGCCCACUGAAAUGGUGUGUCACCCUGGUGUCCUUGACAGACAGACAACAGGCUGGACCCCAACAGAGAAGAUUGCUGCUGAAGUGCUCUUUGCAUGGUCGUAUUGCCCACCACACAGUGCAAGCUCAUCUAAUGAUGUGUUUAUGUUGUGCUGACUGGGGAUUGUUCCCUAGGAACACAAAUGGGAUGGCAGUAAAGAACCCUAAAGUAGGCACUAUCCUGCCACAAUUUGGACAGUUGGCAGGCCUGCACCAUAUCAGUAGUUUUUCAUUAUGAUUCUUAUUUACUAAAAACAAAUCUACUUUAAAGUAUUUGCAAAUGAUUAUAGACUGUCCAUGUCUCUCAUUAUGGUGGGGGAAAUGGUAUUGAAGAACUCAUAUGACUAAAACGAUAAAUACCGGUAAAAGAGACUGUUGCUCCGAAGCAAAACAUCUAAUAGAUUUAAGCCUAUAUUUCAGUUGAUUUAUAGCUUUAAAUGUGAACUUUUUUACUAACCCUCUUGUUCCUUCGCUAUCUCCCCAUUGUAUAACUUGCAGGUCUCCAGAAAUUAUACUGGGAUUACCAUUCCGGGAAGCAAUUGAUAUGUGGUCUUUGGGGUGCAUCAUGGCGGAACUGUUCAUAGGAUUCCCAUUAUAUCCUGGAGCAACUGAAUAUGAUCAGGUGAGUUCAAAUCUACUCAAUACCUAUGUCUAAUAUAUUAACAUCUUGGUCAGAAAUCAAGAAUGAAUUCACAUAGAAAAUAUUGCGUAGGUGUCUUAUUUCUUUAACUCAUACAAGUCAAAGUGUAAUGUAAAAUAAAAUAGUCAAUUUGGCUUGAUUUUAAAUGGGUUGGAGACAAGAUGCCAAAUAAUUAAUCCUCUGGCAAAUAAAUGGCUAAACCUUCUUUGACGCAAGUGUGUCAAGCAACACAAUGUGGAGGGAAACAGGUUAUAUUAUAUAUACAUUAUAAUCACAUUGUCGGCCUUUCUUUGUAAAGUUAAAUUGUUCAAGAUUUUUUGUACGAUGGUAGUUCACAUUCAUUUACGUAAUUUUUAAAGUAUAAUUCCACAAACGUUAUUGAUCAGUUGUGAAAAUACAGUAAAUCAGACAGAGCAGAAGCUGAUUAUACGUGCGUUACAGUUUUAAUGGAAGCUGCCAGAACUUUAAUGAAGAGUUGUGAUCUAUUGCUUCCUCUCUGCAGAUCCGCUACAUCACCGAGACCCAGGGUAUGCCACCAGAAAUUAUGCUCAACCAUGGAAUGAAGACCAAGUCUUACUUUACCAGUGAUAGUGGUUCCGUGAACUUACCAUGGAGAUUGAAG